CCACUAGUAAUUUUAUAAUAGAUAUUUCAAUUGCAUUAGUGUAGCUACACAUUUCGUCGUAGCCAGUAGUUCCUAGUUGUCCGGUAGUUUAUAGCGGUAUUUUUUGAUUUUUUGAGGCCCCGUAGUUCACUGUCCAGUCGUAACGCAGAUUUGGACCGGGUAGGGAACGUCGUCCGCAGUUCGAGAUAAAACAAUAAAACAUAACAAAUCAAAUAGACCAGUUGCAACGAACGAUGCGUCGGCGUGUUUUCUCGAUUUAAUUUAAAACUGUUCGCGACGGGGAAUAAAAUCUAUAGUUAUCUAUAUAUUUUUAAAAAUAAAAUCGCUACUUGAAUUGGGUUCGCGGCCGAUGCACGUCUCACGUCUCGCGUGAAGCCGGUCAACGUCCGCCAGCUGCCUGUCGCGAACGAACGCGGGACGACCGACAUCCUGUAGCCGUCGGCCACCGUAAAGCGGUCGUCGUCGUCAACAACAGGAGACGCUAAAAUUUCUAAAAAUCAGUUUGGAUACUCCGUCCUCCUGCGUCCCUCCUCAAGUCAAGCACUGCUGAAGGCGGCACCCCGAAGUAUGCACGCUAUUGGCCGUCGUUAUUCUAGGCACGUGCUUGUGUUCACCCUCGCUCCGACCAUCCUCACCCAGCCUGUGGCCGAAACUUCACUUUCCCUUGUCCCCUUUGGAAUGUGUGGCCGCACGCACUCCGCCCCAGGUUUUGUGGCGAAUGUUGUAUUGGUAAAAAAUAUAAUGUCCAAAGUCAUUGAUCUGUAUGAGUUUUUGUUAGAAGCAGAGCUCCAACAGUACUAUUCUGAACUCAAGAAUGAUUUGAAGGUGAUGACUGUGCCCCAUGUAAAAUUUGUAACUGAGGAUGACCUGUACCAAAUAGGUAUGACUAAGCCAGAAAUUCGACGAUUAAAAAAAUAUUUCCAAAAGUAUUAUCCUCAAAAUUACUUCUCCAAGUUCAAAAAAUUAAUUUCAUCAAAAGAUAAUAAAGAUCAUUGGAGUGAGAGCUCUGGUUCACAAGACACAUUGAAGCCAAUUUAUGAAAAAAGACCACCCGCUCGUGUUCCUAACAAACAUAUAAUUCCUGCUGAUUCUAUAACUAUUAAUAAGGAGCUAGGUGUUGGAGAAUUUGGUGUAGUUCAACAAGGUGUUUGGACCAAUGAAGGAGACAGAAUUCAAGUAGCCAUAAAAUGUUUGAGUCAAGAACGCAUGCAAAAUAAUCCUGUAGAGUUUCUGAAAGAAGCUGCCAUUAUGCAUAGUAUCGAUAAUGAACAUAUUGUGCGAUUGUACGGAGUAGUGUUGGAUACGGUUGCAUUGAUGCUUGUCACUGAGUUAGCCCCGCUGAGAUCUCUUUUAGAGUGUUUAAAAGAACCUUCACUUCGUGCAAGUUUUCCAGUGAUGUCAUUAUGUGAUUUCGCCAUACAAAUAUGCAAUGGAAUGCAUUAUUUAGAAACUCAAAGAUUUAUACAUAGAGACUUGGCUGCUAGAAACAUAUUAGUAUUUACAAAAAACAAGGUAAAAAUUUCAGAUUUUGGAUUAUCACGAGCACUUGGUGUUGGUAAAGACUACUAUCAAACUAACUUCAAUGUAAACCUUAAAUUACCCAUUGCUUGGUGUGCACCUGAGUGUAUAAGUUAUCUACGUUUUACUUCAGCUUCUGAUGUUUGGGCAUAUGGUGUUACUUUGUGGGAAAUGUUCAGUUAUGGGUUCCAGCCAUGGGCUGCACUUACAGGACAACAAAUACUUGAAGCUAUAGAUGAACCUAAUUUUCAAAGAUUAGAACAGCCUGAUUGUUGUCCAAUAGAAUAUUUUGAUGUCAUGACUAAAUGUUGGCAACAUGAUCCUUCUAAACGUCCUCGAUUUGCUGACUUAGUGUUAAUGUUAUUGGAUUGUAAACCUGAACAAGUGUUAGCUGUGAUAAAUGUUGAAGAAAAAAAAAGGGACAUGCUCCAGUACACGAUUGGAGAUGUUAUAACAGUACUCGAUAAAACUCCUGGUAUUCCUACCUUAUGGAAAGGUGUAUUAUCCAAUGGAAAAACUGGUUUGUUUAAUCCUUCUAACACCGUUGCUUAUUUGGGUCUGAAUUUACCAUCCAACAGAAAUUCCGAAUUUAGUCGAAAUGAUUCAAAGUAUUCUUCCCGACGUAGUCGUCUAAGGAUAGACAUGAUAUCUUGUCCUCAAGGUGAUGUUAAACAUAUGGGACAUGUAGGUCUAGAUGGUGCAUACUUUGGUGAUAUUGAAUUCAUGAGUUCAAAUGCACCUAAGUAUAAUCAUUUACCACAUCAAGUAGUAGCUCCAUAUAAACCACAUGAAGACUGUGCUAGUGUAAGUGAUUCACCAACUUCUAUAAAAGCUUGUUCAGAUCGGGCUCCAUUACUUAAUGGUGAUAAAUCUGAAAGCAAAAAAAAUGUAGAUUUGACAACUUGGUUGGAUAAAAGUAAAUUGUCAAAAAUUUUAAAUGACCACGAGUACCAUGAAAUAAGUGACGAAGAUAUUGUCGCAGAAAGUCCUAGAUUUGAAAAAACGUUUGAUUUUGGACCAAGUCUUGUUGAAGAAAUGGAAACUAUGUUUAGAACUAUAAGUACAAAUGGAGUUAGUAACUAUGCUGUGUCUCCACCUAGGUCUCCACUGGAUCCUUUGGACACAAACCACAGGAAUGAACUACGAGAAAUUGCAGCUAAUAUUGCUGCAGCAGCAGCUGUAAAUUCAAAAACAAAAAAGAAACAAGCUACGGUUAAACCGAUAUCUGCAUCUGAUGAGAAAAGUCUUGAUUCUGCUAUUGCAAUGGCCAAUGAGUUAGCCAAUCGCUCUAUGGGUUCUGAUAUAGAGCAACCACACCAUCAUCAAGUACCUGAAUCUCCAUCGUCUCCAAAUAAACGCAAGUUUACAUUUAAGUUUCCUCCACCCAUUGGUUCUCUUUCAAAAGCACAAAAGCAUGAUGUGAAGACAUUCACUGAUGAAGCAGCUUCUAUUCCAGACAUACAAGGAAGUCUAACCGAAGAAGCCAAACAAGCAUACAACGGUCUUAUCGAAAAACCCAUGACUGUCGUGAUGGACGGUGGCGUUACCAACUCGUUAAGAUUGAUGAAAAAGACCACAACCCCAGUGUCAAAACCAAAAUUCAGACUAAAAAAAAUCGACAACGGAUCUGUAAGCGGUGUCGGCAGUGGUGUGUCAACGGAAGAUGGUGAAAACGAUUCAAGUUGUAACAUCAUACCUUUGCCGCCAAAAGACCCAAGGGCUGUGCAACAAUUGACGGCGUCCAAACCGAGACACCAGAGGAAGUACCCAUUGGUAAUGUCAAACGCUGGGGGUACAUCGUGUCAACAAGUGAUGACGUCGGUUGGCGACAAUGAACAUCAGUUGUUUGUCGAUCAAAUAAUUGACUGCUGCAUUUCUGAUCCAGAACCCAAAGACAAUGCGAAGGAAAAAAAUAAUUUCCAGCAUACGAUCUCCAACGAAGUAAGUUUCGACGAGCGCAUUGCUUUGGAACUGGAUGCACUGGACCAACUGGGCGCGGUUGAGUCUCCCAUUGCCGAACACCAAAUUAUUACCUUUCAACGACCUCAACCAAACGUCAGUGAAGAUGGAGAUGAAAAAAACGAUGAGCAUCAAAAACUGUUCGAAAAAAACAAUGAAAUAAGAAGAGUAGAUAAUGUUCUUAACCAACUGGAACAUCAUAAGGAUCUUGAUUGUGACGAAGUUCGGAUAAUGAUCAAAGUUCUCGGGCCCAAAGUAUCUGGUGAACAUUGUUUGGAAAAGUUAAGAGUUACUGGUUGGGAUGUACAUCAUGCAAUCAAAUUGGCCAAACUAGAAUUGGCUUUAGAGACUGAGGGCUACCCUAAUGUUGAGCACAAUAUAUGCCUUAAUGCUUUAGAAAACACUAACUGGGACAUAGUUAAGGCAGCUAGUGGCAUUAUCAACAACAUGAUGGCCACAAUAAAUAAUAAGAGUAUUCUAGUUUAAGUCUAUCAGUAUAGAUAUAACAUGUGCCAAAAUACUUAUCCUCACGCAAUACUAAACUUCGAGGUAAACUUUUAAUUUCAGAAAUAUAUUUCAUAGAAAUUACAUUAUUGUUAUUAUUAUUAAUGGGGGAUAAAAAAUACUUGCCA